AUGUCCAAAUAUCAGCUCAAAUGGGGCAUUCUGGCCACGGGUGGUAUCGCCGAGACCUUUGCACGCGACCUGUGGCCCAAUCCUGAGGUCAGAGGCGUCAAGGACAUUGAGCACGUCGUCGUGGCAGCAGCAUCUUCCUCCUCAGCAGACCGAGCCAAGUCAUUCCUCCAAGAAGUCCGAGCACCAGAGUCUGCGAAACCAUAUGGCUCGUACAAGGAGCUUGUGGCAGACCCAAACGUCGACAUCAUCUAUGUGGCCACUCCACACUCACAUCAUUACCAGAAUGUCAUGCUCUGUCUUGAGGCCGGCAAAAAUGUGUUGUGCGAGAAGGCAUUCACCACCAAUGCGGCUCAGACGGAGGCAUUGAUCAAGAAGGCCAAGGAGAAGAAUGUCUUUCUCAUGGAGGCUGUGAGUACUUUCUACUUUGCACCAUUGAGAGCAAUGCUGACGGUCACUCCAGGUGUGGACCCGAUACUUUCCUCUCUCCAUCUACGUACGUGAUCUCAUCACUUCUGGGAAGAUUGGCACGGUACACCGCUGCACGGCGGACAACAGCAUGGCAUUGGCACCAGAGGAGAGCUUCCCCGAUGACAAGUCUCGAAUGGUCAACAUGGAUCUAGCAGGCGGCGCUCUUCUCGAUCUGGGCAUCUACUCACUGACCUGGGUCUUCCAGACCCUAUACCAUACCCAGAAGAACCCCAAAGCACCCAGCGUGAUGAGCUCUCUCAACCAGUACCGAACAGGUGCAGACGAGCUCACCUCCAUGCUCCUGACUUUCCCACGCGACGGUCUUCCACCCGCCCACGGCAUCGCGACAACCUCCCUUCGUGUGGCUUCCGACCCCGACAAGAAGGGCUCCGCCGGUCCAUGCAUACGCAUCUCCGGCUCCGACGGCGAAAUCCAAGUCUUCCCUCCCGCCUAUCGCCCUACCAAAACGAAGCUCAUCCUCAACGACGGCACAGUCGAAGAGAAAGACUGGUCGCAGCCUGGUCCCAGUAAGAGCACGGGCUGGAAGAAUGGUUUCGGCGCUGACUGGAACCCCGUAGGAGAAGGACAUGGAAUGUUCUGGGAGGCCGAUGAAUGUGCCUAUGCUCUGCGGGAAGGCCGCAAAGAAGGUCGAUAUGAGAGUUUGGAAGAGUCGCUGGUGAUUAUGAAGGUCAUGGAUGAAGUGAGAAAACAGAACGGAAUGGUAUAUCCAGAGAAGAUUGAAACGACGAAAUAUCCGGUCGAUUUGUAA